AUGCUGUCGCAGGGUCACAGAGUAGAUGGCCAGGACUCUGAGGGUAACACAGCUCUUCACUGGGCUGCAUGGUUCAGGCUGGACACCUUGCUGAGCCCUUUAUUGGAAAGACGGGCACGGCCAGACGUGGGAAAUGAUUCUGGUGAAUGUCCAGUACAUUGGGCUGCGAAGUCUUCCAAUGUCGCUGCUUUGGAUGCCAUGACGAGGGCUAAUCGUGCUCUUCUGUCGCUGCGCGACUGCGACGGCUUCACGGCCUUCGUUCUGUCGGCUCAGACAGACAAUUCUCCCAUGAUGGAGUGGAUGUACUUGAAAGGCGUCAGCAUGGAAGAGCAGGAUGACUAUGGCCGAACAGCCCUUCAGUGGGCCUGCUACAAGGGCAACAAGAAGACGGUUCAGUGGCUGCUCUCGCGAUCUGCCAGUAUCGUCCAUCGGGACAGAGAGGGCAUGACAGCGCUCCACUGGGCAGCGCUGAAGGGGCACGAGCAGGUUGCGGACAUGCUUAUGGAUGUCGGGGCUGUGGAGCUUCUGGACGUCCCAGAUUGCGCAGGCGAGACUCCAAUUGCGCUGGCAAUGCGGAAAAGAAACAGGUACUUGGUGGGUGCCUUCCACAAGUGCCAGAUCUUUAACGUUGUCCUGGGAAGGUGCUUCGUUGCGUACAACAUUAUUGUGUUCGCCUUCGUGCUAGCGCCAGGUGUGACAGAAGGGCGGGGAAGAACGGAGAAACCGGGCUGGGUCUGCUUAUGGCCAGCCUUGCAGGUCUUUAGCUGGUGCACCUCGGUGCGUUGCUGUUGCCAUCUGUUGCCAAUGAUGUUGUCGCCAUGUCCUCAACCCGACCUGGUGCUGCUGAUGCUCGUUUUGCGAACCUUUAAGGGGAAAAUGGAGAAACAAGUGGCGUUCUUGUGGAUGGUGGACCAAUCAGGUCUAGCAGGGCGCUGUGGGGUGUCAGUGCUCCCUUCGAUUGCCUGCGAAAUGAACGCAAAGAGGGGUAACUUUGUGCCUUCCGCGCGCUUUGGUCAAAGGAAUUGCGGCCAGAAAUCCGGAUGCUGUGAUGACCUGGUCGAUGCUGAUGGGAUUGUCUUGCUCUUACAAAUUGGCGACAACUUGCAGGUUGGCUGGACUUUGUGCCUCAAGCAACGUGAAUCAUCACUGUUUGCUGAGUUUACUGGUUCACAUGUGGUGGUGACACCUCUGACCAGUGCCAAGCAAGCUACUUUGAAUGCCUUGCAUCCUGUGAAUGCUGACAUGCAGGUUCAUUCAGCAGAUGUCGUCUUCUGUGAACUCAGUAUGGACAACUCAGGCUGGCUCGUUUCGAUAUCGCAUCUAAGCAGCGAAUUGGUCCACAAAGCAGGUGACGGAGAGGAGAAGUACGCGUUAAUCAACUAUGGACAUGACAUGCUGACUGGUGAUGGAGCCGUGGUGCCUGAAGGUACAACUAUCAGCGACAACUUUUGCGAGAAGCACGGAAGCGACUGGAAGAAGGCCCAGCUGGAUCGCGCAACCGUUACUCUGCACGAGCGUGAACGCGUCACAGGCGAAAGCUUGGGCCGGGCUCGGGUGGAACAUCUCCUCGCGCACGGGUGCGGCGAGUACUUGACUUUAGUGGAGAAGGGUGACUUCAAGCAGGCAUGCGAGAGGCGAUCCUACGAGAAGCUGCAGCUACUGAGCCCCAUGUUCUGUGGAAUCAUUGUGACCUACCAACAUUUGGACACAUCUUGGAUUAAAGGUUUCGCCUCUCAGACUCUCAGACCGCGCAUCACUGCAUUGAGCAAGGCCCUCAAGACGCAUCAUGUUCUUGAGUGCUGCGCCAUGUUCCUGCACGGUGAGGUCGUUUUACUGUAUGCUUUUGACACCGUGUUUCCAGAGAUUUCGCGGGGCUGGGAGCUUGGAGAUGACUUUGCACAGCAAAGUGCCCUGGUCGCCAGACACACGGCGUACAUGAUCGUGAAUGUGACUACUUAUGAAGCAGUGUCCUUAACGAGACCUUCGCAUUCAGGCGAGUACUUCGUGCCGCAGCUGCUUUUGCAGGUUUUGGUUAGUUCCAAUGCAGCUGACACGAAUUUUCAUGUGAUGUUCUGGUUCUGCAGAGAUGGCCGUCUCAGUGCAAACUUCUUUUUGGCACAGGUCGAAGCCAAAAGCUGCGGCGGCAUGAACACCUCCGAUGUUUGCGCAGAUGCAGAUUCAGCCUUUCACAGGUCCAAGCUGAGACCGCCACCUCUGGUAACAGAUUUUCCAAAGGCCGAAUUUGACAUAUCUACACCCCGAAACUCGGGUGCCAAGUCGGAGGCAUCCAAGCACUUCAUUGGCACGCCCACUGCCACUGGCAUCCUGAAUGCGUUCCUAGACUGCGAUCUUGAUGAUGCAGGAGACGAUGAUGGACCUCCUUUAGAACCUGACUAUGAUGCCAUCAAUGAGUUCUUGCAAGGCAAGCAAGAUGGGUCAUCGCCCUCAGUCAGCAAUGCAAGCACCAGGUUUGAUCCAGAAAACGCUGGGAGAUCAGGUGCUCUCGACGUGGAGGAGGAGUACGAGGAUGACUUUGAUCCAGAGUCUGAUGGAGAAGACCUCUGA